AUGGUCGUCUGUGCAUCCAAAGGGUAUUCCAGGAGGUUGCAUCUCCGGCGCCGUUGCUGCGACCGCCGUUUGGUAGAUGAGGUAAGCGCCGGUGGAAAUUUUGCUUUAAGUUAUGAUACCACUGUAAUGGUGUGGGAAGUAGUACGUGCCAGAGGCCACGAGAAAAGAGUUAGAAACGCACAAACAGAAGUACCUCGUAGAGACCACGUGAUUGCUCAAACCCCAUUCCAUAUCCUCUGUGGUCAUGACGACAUAAUCACCUGCUUGUUUGUUAGUGUGGAGCUCGAUAUUGUCAUCAGUGGUUCAAAAGACGGGACGUGUAUUUUCCAUACCCUUAGGGAAGGCCGAUAUGUGAGAUCUUUGCGUCAUCCAUCUGGCCAUCCACUGUCAAAGCUUGUUGCUUCGAGGCAUGGGCAUAUAGUGUUCUAUGCCGAGGAUGAUCUUAGCCUGCAUCUCUACUCUAUCAAUGGCAAACAUCUGGCAAGUUCCGAAUCAAAUGGGCGCCUCAACUGUAUUGAACUCAGUAGGUGUGGUGAUUUUUUGGUCUGUGCUGGCGACCAAGGGCAAAUAGUUGUGCGAUCGAUGCACAAUCUCGAUGUUGUGAAGAGGUAUGUGGGAGCUGGAAAGAUGAUCACAAGCCUAGCGGUGACUCCAGAGCAAUGCUUCUUGGCUGGGACCAAAGAUGGACACAUUUUAGUUUACUCGAUAGAGAAUCCCCAACUCCGCAGAGCUGGUGCUGCUAGGAACAAGACAAGAGGCUCUGGGCCGUUGUAG